GUGAAUGCUGCAAGAAUGCAGUAGAACCGUCAUCUGCUAGGAUUAGUGGAAAAGCUAUCUAUAAAAACCCAUACUUACAUAAUAGCAAGGAAGAGUUCUUAGCCAUCUCGAACAAACGACACAUACUGUUGAAUAGGGGUGUUGCGUUUUCUCACCCAGCUGAACUGUUAAAAACUGGACUGGAGGUGUUAAGAAUAAGGAAAUAAGGAUUGAACAUGUCUGUGGUGGGCAUUGAUGUGGGUUUCCAGAACUGUUACAUCGCUGUUGCCAGGAGCGGUGGCAUUGAAACCAUUGCAAAUGAAUACAGUGACAGAUGCACUCCAGCAUGCAUUUCUCUGGCCUCUAAAAAUCGGACCAUUGGAAAUGCUGCAAAGAGCCAGAUCAUAACUAAUUUUAAGAACACUGUUCAUGGCUUUAAGAAGUUUCAUGGUCGCGCCUUCGAUGACCCUUUUGUUCAAGGAGAGAAAUCCAAGUUGCCUUACAGCCUUCACAAACUGGACAAUGGCAAUGCUGGAAUAAAGGUACAUUAUCUGAAUGAAGACAAGGUGUUUACCAUUGAACAGUUGACAGCCAUGUUGCUCACUAAGCUGAAAGAAACUUCGGAGAAUGCCUUGAAGAAGCCUGUGGUAGACUGUGUGAUAUCUGUCCCCAGUUUCUUCACGGAUGUAGAGAGAAGAUCGCUGAUGGAUGCCACUCAGAUCGCUGGACUCAACUGCUUGAGGCUGAUCAAUGACACAACAGCAGUGGCCUUGGCUUACGGCAUCUACAAACAGGACUUGCCAAAUCCAGAGGAGAAGCCCCGUAAUGUCAUUUUUGUUGACAUUGGUCACUCAUCUUAUCAAGUCUCGAUUGCCUCCUUUAACAAGGGCAAAUUGAAGGUGUUGGCUACAGCAUUUGACCCAUAUUUCGGUGGACGCAACUUUGAUGAAAUGCUUGUGGAGUAUUUCUGCGAGGACUUCAAAAACCGUUUCAAACUCAAUGUUAAAGACAACCCAAGAGCCCUGCUAAGGCUCUAUCAGGAGUGUGAGAAGCUGAAGAAACUCAUGAGUGCGAACUCCUCCGACCUGCCUCUCAACAUCGAGUGCUUUAUGAAUGACAUUGAUGUCCAUGGGAAGAUGAACAGGGCUCAGUUUGAAGAGAUGUGUGCUCAGUUCUUGAUGCGAGUGGAGGCGCCAUUGAAAUCGGUCAUGGAACAAUCAAAGCUUAGCAGAGAUGAGAUCUAUGCCAUUGAGGUGGUGGGCGGAGCUACCAGGACUCCAGCCAUUAAGGAGAGAAUCUCAAAGUUCUUCAGUAAAGACAUCAGCACUACAUUGAACGCAGACGAGGCUGUAGCACGCGGAUGUGCACUACAGUGUGCAAUCCUGUCUCCAGCCUUCAAAGUGCGAGAGUUCUCCAUUACAGACGCUGUUCCCUUCCCCAUUACUCUUCGCUGGAAGUCUCAAACAGAUGAAAGUGUUGGGGAAUGUGAGGUGUACAGUAAGAACCACGCAGCACCUUUCUCCAAGGUCAUCACCUUUCAUAAGAAGGAGCCUUUUGACCUGGAAGCGUUCUAUAGUUCUCCACAUGAGCUACCUUUUCCAGACAGCAGAAUAGGCCGAUUUACUGUUCAGAGUGUUGUGCCACAACCUGAUGGGGACAGUUCAAAGGUGAAGGUGAAAGUGCGUGUGAAUGUGCACGGGAUCUUCUGUGUUUCCAGUGCCUCUCUGAUAGAGAAGCAGAAAGGAGAGGCAGAGGACGUGCAGAUGGACACAGAGCCUACUGUUCAGAACGAAAGCCGGCCUGAAGAACAGAAUAAAAUGCAAGUGGACCAGGAAGGCAAAGCAGAACAGCAAAAUGAAGAGGAAAGAAUGAAUAACUCUGGCAGUAAGGAUAGUGGAUCUGAUAAACAAGAGCAAGGUGCAAGCUGUAGCAAACCCAAGACAAAGGUGAAGAGCGUUGAUCUUCCCAUCUUGGCCAACACCACCCGACAGCUGGAAAGAGAUGUGCUCAACAGCUUUGUUGAAUAUGAGAAAAAAAUGAUAAUUCAAGACAAGCUGGAGAAGGAGAGGAAUGAUGCUAAAAACGGCGUGGAAGAGUAUGUUUACGAUCUGCGAGACAAACUGUGUAGCAUCUAUGAGAAAUAUGUCACUGAGGAUGAAAGUAACCGGCUCAACUUAAUGCUUGAGGACACAGAGAACUGGUUGUAUGAAGAAGGAGAGGACCAGGAGAAAGAAAUCUAUCAGGAGAAACUAGCUGAUCUCAAAAAGUUCGGUGAGCCCAUUGAGAAACGGAACAGAGAGCAUGAGGGCAGACCAAGAGCAUUUGAUGAGCUAGGCAAGAAAAUUCAGCUUUUUAUGAAGGCUGUGGAUGUGUAUAAACAAAAGGACGAACGUUACCAGCACUUGAGUCCUGAGGAGAUGGGUGUUGUUGAGAAGAGUGUGAAUGAAGCUUUGGGCUGGAUCAAUGUGAAGAUGAAUGCCCAGAGCAAGCUCACAAUUGCCCAAGACCCAGCAGUCAAAGUAGCAGACAUCAUUCAGAAAAUUCAGGAGUUAGAAGAGGCUUGCAAUCCUGUGCUCAACCGACCCAAACCCAAAACUGAAGAACCCAUAGAGGAGGGAGACAAAAACAAUGGGGCACAUAACGGCCCUGCAGGACAACAAGGUGCUGACAGUAAAGGCAAUCAGCAGACAAAACCUCUGUCUGGAGAGAUGGAGGUGGACUGAGCAAUUCCUAAACUAAAUGGUUUUGAUGCCAUUCUCACUCAAGCCACUAUUAAACCUUUUCAACUUACACUGAACCAAUAACUAAAACCAUUAUCUUUGUUUCCACCAUUCCGUUGGCUGUAUUUGUGCAUCUGUUUGUUGAAGUGUGCUCUUCUAAAGAUUUUCUCUUGUACCUGUUAAGGGAUUGGGUCAGCCUAUCUUUUGAAUGUUACAGAUAUAUUUGAAUCUCAGUCCGGGAUUGGACAUGUUAGGAUCAUAAAGAAUAUAUGUAGUUCAAUGGCUGAAACAAAUGCUGCCGCUCUUUACAAAAAACCUAAAAUAAUGUGAUACUUGCAUUCUGGAAGACUCAAAAGGGGAAUCAUAUCGCACUGUAACUUGGUAUGGGAACAUGAAUUGAAAUUCUGUUUGAUCAGCUGUUUAGACUGAAGAAAACCAAGCAAAUAUGUAUGCAAUACAUAUAAAUAUAUGGUAUAUAUUUGUAUUUAAUAUAUAAAUUUCCAAAGGAUGUGUUGUCUAGAGCCUGUAAAUAUUAUUUUAGUAAUUUUAAUUUAUGGGUGCUUAGAUAUAGGUACACUCCUAUUGUUGACAUUGCAAUGCUUUCAGCUCCAUUGUGUCAUAUGAAACUAGAAUGUACUGAGCCGUUCAUUACUUUUUUCCCGUUUUCAUGCAAUCCCAUAUCAAGUCUUGAGGUUUGAUGAUCACAAAUAAUAAAACAUGCCUUUAUGACUGAAUGCUUGUUUG